AUGAAAUUUACAUUAACCAUCCUAGCGUUGACGCACGUUAUUCUAGCGGCAUUAAUUCCACCAAUUGCUAUGACAUAUAACAGGGAAAGCAACAUUUUAACUUCUAAUUCAACAUUCAAUCUGCUCGGGGUUGAAAGCGAUGUUUCAAAAUUUCUACACUCUCUAAAGUACAAAGUCGAGGAAUCUACUGACACCUUUCGAGACAAAUUAUCAGAUGCUAAAGCUAAGCUAGUCACCGCAGAUGUUUUUGGUAAAACCGAAUCUAUUAUUGAAGUUCAAGAUUGUGAUAUGUAUGAUCCGUAUGACAAUUCAAAUAUUAAGUACUAUAGAGGAGCACCAUCAAAGAGACUGAUACUAGUUGCGAAAGAAAAUUUUAGACUGUCCUAUCCUAGAUCAAAAGACUAUUCUCAAGUCAUUUUUCACCAUGAACAGAACAAUUCAACUUCAAAUGCAACAACAAGUACCAAAGAGAUUUUUAGAUAG